AUGAAUUUCUUGUGUCCAUUGGAGUAUGACGACAAAUGCGAUGAUCCUAUCUUUGAUCCUGAGGGAUUAUUCAAAUAUCGCUGCCAGACAGUUUAUCCACGUGAUGAUAAAUUAUUUACGGUUGAAACUGUCAAUGCUAGCACUUUAUUGCGGAUGCUACAACAUACGGACACGUACAAGCGAACUUGGUGCAUGAUAACGUUAUUCUACUCACCGACGUGUCCAUUCAGUGCACGAAUUGCACCUUACUUCAAUGCUCUUCCACAAAUUUACAAUGGAAGUAUGAAAUUCGUAGCAUUUGAUGCUACAGAGUUCACCAAGUUGAAUUCGCGUUACGGUGUAUCCGGUACACCAACUGUCAUGUUGUGGGUUAGUGGAGCUGCUGUGGCCCGGAUGGAAGACCGAUCGUUAAACGACAUGGGACUCAUGUCAUUCGUGUACGAUUGGACGGACGUGCAACCAGUAUUUGGUACUGCGCGUAAAGCAGAUGGGCCGCUGCAUAUUGUGUAUGAUGAUCGACCAGAUCUUUUUUAUCUAAGCCUUUCGUUGCUUGUGGCCUAUGCAGUGGUGAUCUAUUGCUUCCGAGAACGGAUAUGUGAGAAUCCGCGGGUACAAAGCGCUCUUACAUGGAUGACAGCGAAAAUGGACGCUUUUGGUGAUUAUAUUGCUCCACAGGCGAGGCCGGAACGAGCUCAGCGUUGA